AUGACAAAUUCUCCUCCCGGGUCUCCCACUCGCAGCGGCCUCCAACGCCCGAUGAGCGCUAUGAUAAGACCCCCCCGAAGCCACAGCCGACUGAGUGUUGGGAGUAAACAAGGAGGAAGCCGGGCAUCGGAUGAGGAUGGAAAAACUGCCGUAAAAGUCGCUGUACGAGUGCGGCCCCCUCUGAAACCAACAGACCCUGGCUAUGAAUUAAUUCCCCCGCGCUUCCAACGGUCAACGGUCCAUGUCACAUCCGACACGAGUUUAGCCGUUGACGCCCCCCAAGGCCGCAAGCUUUUUGUGUUUGAUAGAGUAUUUAACGAAACUGUGGACCAAGAAGGCAUUUGGCAAUACCUUCAAGACAGUGUCAACUCUUUUAUACAAGGCUACAAUGUUUCGAUACUGGCAUAUGGACAGUCUGGCGCUGGAAAAUCCUAUACUAUGGGCACUAGCGGUCCAUCGGAACAAAAUGACCCUCAUGCGAUGGGGAUUGUUCCCCGCGCGGCUCAGAUACUUUUCGAGAAGUUGACGGAAAGUAACGCCAGCCAUUCCCGGACAGGUUCUACAGGUUUGCGGACACCUGCGAGGUACUCCAUGACUUCGUCCAUACCGAGUUUUGGAAAGGCCAACUUGGAUAAAAAUUGGCAAUUGAAAGCCACUUAUGUUGAGAUCUAUAACGAGCAACUUAGAGACCUUUUGGUUCCGGAAUCUACUCCGCUCGGGGAGAGAAGUACGGUUACAAUUCGAGAAGAUACUAAGGGGCGUAUCCUUCUUACUGGGUUAAACCAAGUAAAUAUCAACUCCUUUGAAGACCUUCUUGGCGCCCUUAAUUUUGGUUCCGCAAUUCGACAAACUGAUUCGACCGCGGUCAACGCCAAAUCCUCUCGUUCCCACGCCGUUUUCAGCUUGAACCUCGUCCAGCGAAAGGAUUUAACCUCAACUAUGUCCGCACGCGAAAAGCGGUUCUCUGUUCCUAUUGAAGCGUUAUCUGGCGGCGAAACUUCUUUUGUAACUGUCGACAGUAAGCUUCAUUUUGUGGAUUUGGCCGGCAGCGAACGCCUGAAGAACACCGGCGCAUCAGGCGAACGAGCAAAGGAGGGCAUAUCAAUCAACGGCGGUUUGGCAAGUUUGGGCAAAGUUAUCUCGCAGUUAUCGUCUCGCCAGGCUGGCGCCCACGUUUCUUAUCGUGACUCGAAACUCACGCGUCUUCUUCAAGAUUCAUUGGGAGGUAAUGCGAUUACCUACAUGAUUGCCUGUGUAACUCCUGCGGAGUUUCAUCUCAGCGAGACAUUGAACACCAUUCAGUAUGCGCAGAGAGCCAGAGCGAUCCAAAGCAAACCAAGGAUUCAACAAGUCGCGGAUGAACGUGAUAAACAAGCCGUCAUCGAAAGACUGAAGGCGGAAGUCGCUUUUCUGCGUCAACAAAUUCGUAACUCCGAGGGCAGUGAGAGACGGAACGGCCUACUUCAGGACAGAUCAGAGCGUCAAACCGAACGUGAAAUAGAAUUACAAAAUCAUUUGCUCGAUACUCAAGAGAGUUAUACCGCCUUGAGCCAGCGCCAUGCCAAGCUUAUUUCAGAACUCACAAAAGCGUCAGAUUUCAACGGCGAUGAGGACGACUUGCAGAAUAUAAUCAGCGGCAGUGCUAUGGAAAGACUUAAGCGGUCGCACUCCUUUGCUGAGUCCGUUGAACAGGUUGUCCUAGAGUAUGAAAAGACCAUACAAAGUCUGGAGUCCUCCUUAUCAAAUACUCGUUCAUCGUUAUCAAAUACCGAGAGUACCUUGCUUGAGCGGGAGACGAAAUGUGCCUACGUGGAAACGGUUAAUGCUCAGCUCCAGGCACGUAUCCAAAAGAUGAUGGACAGAGAGGCAAACACCGAAAACUACCUUCACGACCUUGAAUCUAAACUUGACGGCCAUGCCACGGGUGAAGAAAAGAACGCAUCUCUUAUUGCUGAAUUGCGCAAAGAGAUUGCUCGCGCUCGUGAAAACGAGUCCAGUUGCGAGGACUAUAUCUCGACUUUGGAGGAGAGGCUCGCCGAGGCCGACCAGGAUAUGGAGCUAAUGCAACGUGAAAUGGAGAGGCUGGAACACGUUAUCGAUCGCCAGCGUAGCCUUGGAAAACUGGAUACGCUCCUAUACGAGCUAGAUCACAUCCAGCAAAAUGGCACCAAAACCGAGAAGGAAAAUACCAUCAAUCGUCAGCCAUCUUCAGUUUCAAAACGGAAGAGUUCGCGGGCUAGAAAUCACUCUCUCGAUGUCCUCACGGAGGCUGUAGAAACUGCCAUCCCCGAAUCAGACGAUGACCUUGUAGAGCAAUCCCCGGUUCCCGAACAAGCCAUACCACAUAUCGAUGCGCCUAAUGAUGAUUCCGGACUGGAAACCCUCGAAAAAGCUUCCGCCCCGCAAGUUGUUAAUGUGCUGGCGACUGACGACCGCUACGGCCCACAAAGCCCUGCGCAAUCCCGUUUCGUUGCUGAUAAACUUGAAAGUGUUACCCAGGAGUUAUUUGAACUCCGUAUUCAGCACGAGAGCACAGUAAACGAUUAUGAUCUCCUCAAUGCGAAAUAUGACGAAGCAUUACGCACCCUUGCUGAACUGCAAGAUGCAGUCGACGAAGCGCGACAUCCACAGAAGUCCAAUAUCCUGUCCCCAGCCCAUGGUACACAUCCAGUUUCUUUUUUAGAGGACGUCGGAGCUCGCCAACCGCCAAAUGGAAAACAACAUUCAUCCUCGCAAUCUCUCUCUUCGGAGCUGUCCUUGGAAGGGCAGUCGUCUACUUCACAUGGCGAGCCGGACACCCCCGCAACUCAGAGGCCGGAGUCCCACCAACAAGAUGCUUCGGAGAAAGAUGAAGCCGACUCUCGUGAACUCGAAAGGAUGAGAAAGCUUCUAAUUGAGCACCAAGAGGGCAUGGGAAUGGUAACCCAAAAGUACGCCGAGCUCCAAGCUGAACACGAAGAGACGCUUGGCAUCGUCGAUCAACUCAAAUUGGAGAUCCAGAGAUCAAAGAUGGCAUCCCCAACCACUCCGACGACCCCAAAAUCUCAAGUGAUACGCCGGAUGACCAGCCAAAACCUUAUCAACCCGGACCGUGCCCAUAGAUCUUUUGCUGCUCUGCGUAACAUUGCCACAGAGGAAUUUGAAAGUCGACCAGAUACAAUGCAGAAUUUCGAACUGAACCUUAAUACGGCAAUGCACGAACUCCAUUCCCGAAUGGAAAGGAUCCAGGCACUGGAGGCUGAAAACAAAAAUGUCAAGAGAGAGAUGGAAACGAAAGCAACGAUCAUAUCCGGAUUAACCAGAGAACGCUCCAGUUUGCAAGGCCAGUCACCAAUUGAUUCUUCUGUUGUUUCGCAAAUGCGGGAUCAAAUAGUACAUUGCGAGGCUCAGAUCGACGAGCUACAAGCGGCUCACGAAGCUCGGGAACGAGAGCUUGCUGUUGAAAUGCAAAAUCUCAACGAAAUGCUGGCUAGUCACCGGAUCGCUCUCGAGGAUAAAGAGGCAGAGAUUCAGAAUCAAAAGCAAAGAAUCGUUCACCUUGAGGAGGAAAACACCGAAUGGCAGGGGAGACACCAGUCUGCUAUCCGCGAACUUCAGUCUGCUGAGGAGAAACUGCAAUCUACCCUCGAAGACCUCCAAAAGGCUUCUGUUGAGCGAUCACAAUGGCAAGAUAAACAUCAAGUAGCCGCCGAUUCUCUCGUCGCUUCGGAGAAACAACUCCAGUCAACACUUGCCGAGCUCGAGGCUGCGCUUGCCAGUGUCGAGUCCCUGCGAACUGAACAAAGGGAGGCGGACGGAACCACGGCUCAGCAAAUAGCAGAUGCGGCUACAAGCCUGCGGGACGAGCGGGCCAAACAUGAAGAGCUUGUCAAUAACCUCCAAAAAGAUAUAGAGGAGCAAAAAGCGGCUAUCACUGCAAAUAUGCUAACAAUUUCCGAACUUGAGAAAGCACAUGCUGAUAGCAAAAUGGAACUUGCCAAUCACUUCGCCGCGAAAGAGGUGUCUGAUAAAGAGCUCACCUCCUACCAAUCUCGCAUUGUCGAGCUGUCUCAAGAAAUUGACAACCACAAAGCAAUGGCCGAGAUUCAAAAAACGAACUUGGAGUCUCUCCAGUCCUCGCAUUCAGAGGAGUUGAAAGAGUUAGAAUCCCGGGUGAAAGCAGCGGCAGAAGCAGAGUACAAGGCCCGUAUUGCGGAGGAUGAUGCCAAACAUCAACUCGCUCUCGAUGACUUGCAAUCUGAGAUUACGGCCUCCAAAGACGAACUGACUCAACUAAUAAACACUAUCAGCUCUGUUCUAAACGCUCCCGUGACAACCGAUUCCCUUCACAACCAGUUGCAAGACAUCCUGUCACAGAAACAACAUUUUGCCGAUAAAUACUCGGAACUUAUUGAGGCCAACGAGGAACUCCUCCGCCAACUUGAUGAAAAACAAAACAGUCAUUCCAUCCUUGAGAAGCAGGUUUCUUCUCUCAAUGAAAAGACGGAGAAGCAGGAAGUGAAAGUCAAUGAGCUUGCUCAUCUAGUUGCUACCCACGAGGAUUCAUUGACUUCGAAGGAUGAGCUUAUCAAAAAGAAGGAGGCUCUCAUUACUGAACUCACCGUUGAAAAGGAUAAAAGUUUGCGGCUCGUAGAGGAGCUUGAAGAGCAGAUAACGAAUACUUUUGAUCAACACCAUAACCGCUUGUCAGUUAUUCAGGCUGAACGCAAUCAAGCAUUGGAGGAAGCAAAUGCAAAAGUAUCACUGUAUGAAAAAGAAGUGGAAUCUUACCGCUCACGCAUUGAACAACUAGAAACGCACCCUCGCAUCGGCACUCCUGAGGGCCACAACGUUGAUCGUACCAGUUCCAUGUCAUCAAACCUCAGAAAGAGUGCUUCCGCAGCAUCUCUACCUUCGCCACCUCCUGCGAUCCCCCUUCCGCCACUUCCAAAUAUUGCUGCUGCUGCCAACACUGGCAGCAUCUCCCCACCAAGCUCGAGACAUACGAGCAAAGAACUGGUCAAUGCUCAACUUGUCGAGGAUCAAGAAGCUCGAAUUCGCACAAUCGAAAAACAUCUGCACGCUGAGAAACAGCUGACCGCAACAUUGGAAGAGGCUCUCGGCGACCUUGAAGCGCAAAGCAAUAAGGUCAAGACAGACAUGGAAGGUUGGAAAAAGAAAGCCUGGCAACUGGAGGAGGAGUUGAACACUCUGCGGUCCGAGCGCAAUUCUGCUAGGCUUUCGUUGCAAGCUGUGGAGGAAGAGCGAAAUGCCCGACGCGAGGCGGAAGCGGCUCGCGCACACUUGGAAGAGAAGAUGAAUGCUAUCAGCAAGAAAAAGAAAAAGAGCACAUUGAACUGCUUCUAA